AUGGUCUCGACUAAGCUUAUCCAAUGGGUAGAAGUCAAAAAAUGGUAUAUUGACUUCGAAAGCGACUGUCCGGGAAAGAUACCAUUACAUACACAAUUUUUGAAAUAUGAUGCACCUUUGAUAACAUUAUUGUUAGUAUUUUCAAUUGCCAUAGGAUUUUUAAGUUGGAAAUUAUAUAAGCAAUUUGGUUGGAAUAUUUACAAAAAAAUUGGUGCCGAUUUAGAAAUGCAAGCUGAAGCGUUAAAUGUUUAUGUAGUUACGAUUAGUAAACUAGAUUAUCUAAAAAAUUUAAG